CCCCUCUCCUCACCAUCCUUGCUUCCCACCUGUCCGUCUCCUUCCUCGCUCCGCGCCUCGCCGCCUCCUCUCCCCGCCUCCGCGGAGAGGGAGAGAGCACGUCCUGCCCACGAGUGCCCCCGCCCCGUGAGGAAACCCUCGCCCGCCCCUUCCGUUCGCCCGUCCUGCCACUGGUCUCCCUGAACCCCCCCGCCGCCGCCGCCGCCGCCGCCGUUCGGUUUCCGUGUGGCGUCACUUCUGAGGGAUUUUCUGGGUCUGACAAGGAUCAGCGCUGGAGUGGCCUCGCCGCUGCCCUCCGUUACAUGGAGGAGUUCCUGCUCACCCUGAACCCGUUCCGGUUCAAGCCGCUCUGGCCGACGACGACUGCCCCCAAAUCCUUCUGAGGCCCUAGGAAAUCCUACUCCCGCCCGGCUUCAUAGAAUCCCCGGGCCGCCCCCCCUUCCCCGACUCCCUUUUGUCCUCAGAUAGUCAUCCGGGUUUUCCGAGAGGCACCCCUCCUCCCCUGCGAAUCGAGAGCCCCUAGGGCCGUAAGCCCGUAACCAUAAGUCCUCCUCCACUUUCCGAGGCCCCGCCGCCCGCGCCCCGGACCUGCUGUGAGCGUCCUUCCUUGGUGGCGUUAAGCGUUGCGGACGGGGAUGGCGAGGGAGGAGGACGGCCCGCAGUUCGUGCGGUGGAGGGAGGAGUUCGUGUCUCAGGAGCGCGGCAGCCGCGUCGUGCACUACUACCUCGAAGACGCGGCCGGCGUGUCACAUCUCGCCGUCAUCGGCACCGAGAGGAGCCUGCGCCAUAUGCUCUACGUGGUCUCGGAGGACUUCAACGCCGCGUGGGGGUGCGGCGGCAGCGCUGACGGUGGCGGCGCGCCGCCAGUGUUUGCGCGCAAGUGGCGGUCACGCCGGGAGGUGGUGGAUUGGCUCGGGUCCUUCCUCCCGGUGAAGGCACUUGACUCAAAAUUCUCAAAAUAUGGAUCUUUUGCGGAUAAUGACAUUGGGUCAGAUGGAUACGGGGAAACAAAUGGUUUUUUGCACCAAAAUCUGGGUAAAGACUGCAGCUCAGACAUUACAUGGUCUGGUUCGUUCUGGACAUGUAGCAAGCAGCUUCGGCACUAUCAAGCUUUUUGUCGCAAUGGAACCACAAUAUCUACCCACACUUUUGUGCUGGUCUUGUCAGAGGAACAAAACCGCUAUCUUGCAUACUUGGAAGACAUGUAUGAAGAUAAGAAGGGACAGAAGAAGAUCAAAGUGCGAUGGUUUCAUCAAAACCAGGAAAUUGCUUGUGCUAUACCUCCUCCGCCUCAUCCUUGCGAAGUUUUCAUCACUCCUUUCACACAAGUAAUCAGUGUGGAAUGUGUUGAUGAUAUUGCAACUGUUUUAACUCGUGAUCAUUAUGAAAAAUGCUCCCAUGCAAUGUCAAUUAUGACUGGGAUCCGUUUCUGCUCUCGCCAGUAUAGUAAAAAUAAGUUCAAGUAUUUUGAUUUAAGAACGUUGCGUGGAUAUUUUAGUCAAGCAGUUGUUAGGUCCAUGAAAUUUCCAGCUGAGUCAGAAAAGGACAGUGAAUAUUGUACACCUGGGAAAGCUAAAUUUCCAAAGCAAUUAGAGAGGCUUUAUUCAAAAUGUUUGGGCACUAAAAUUUGUCGAAGCCCCCAGGCAGACUCCAUACCAUCUUAUCAAAUAUUAAGUAACGAGCAGCCUCCUGGGAAGCAUCUCUCAAUCAAGUUUAUAGUGCCCCAGAAUCAACUAAAGCCGACAUAUAAUACUGGUGACAGAUUAGAGAUCUUAUCUCAAGACAGUGGCAUUAUUGGUUGCUGGUUCAGGUGCACUGUUCUGAAGUCAUGCACUAAUCAUAACAGAUUGAAGGUUCAGUAUGAUGAUCUCCAAAAUGCUGAUGAUAGUGGGAGAUUGGAGGAGAUGGUACCUGCCUCUGCAUUGGCUCUUCCUGAUAAACUGGGACUGAGACACCAAGACCGGCUAAGAAUCAGGCCACGUCCUCAAGAAAAUAGUUUUGUUGAUGGGGCUGCUCUUUUACCUGGAACUGCUGUUGAUGUCUGGCAAUUUAGUGGUUGGUGGGAAGGAGUUGUUGUCAGUUUGGACAACAUUGUGGCAGAUAGCCUUCAAGUAUAUUUUCCAGGAGAGAACUUUUUCCGUGCGUGCCAGCUAAGGAACAUUAGAAUCUCUAAAGAUUGGGUCAAGAACCGAUGGGUUGAUAUUGAAACAAAGUCAGAUGUGUUGUCACAGAUACCUUCAGAUAGUAUCCAAGCAAAGCAAACUGAUAAUCAUGCACUGUCUGUUGGUGUGACGGGCUCCAGCAGUUCUGCAAUGCCUGAGCAAGAGAUUGCAGCUACCCAAGCAAACUCCAAUGGAGAUGCAGCGGUGCCUAAGCAAGAGCUUACAGUUGCCCAAGCAAACUCCAAUGGAGAUCAACCUGUGCCUAAGCAAGAGCUUGCAGCUACCCAAGCAAACUCCAAUGGAGAUAAAUCUGUGCCUGACCAAGAGCUUGCAGCUAUCCAAGCAAACUCCAGUGGAGAUAAACCUGUGCCUAAGCAAGAGCUUGCAGCUACCCGAGCAAACUCCAAUGGAGAUAAACCUGUGCCUGACCAAGAGCUUGCAGCUAUCCAAGCAAACUCCAGUGGAGAUAAACCAGUGCCUGAACAAGAGCUUCCAGCUACCCAAGCAAACUCCAAUGGAGAUAAACCAGUGCCUGAGCAAGAGCUUCCAGCUACCCAAGCAAACUCCGAUGGAGAUAAACCAGUGCCUGAGCAAGAGCUUCCAGCUACCCAAGCAAACUCCAGUGGAGAUAAACCAGUACCUAAGAUAGAGCUUGCAGCUACCCAAGCAAAUUCUAAUGGAGAUAAACCUGUGCCUGAGUUUACAGCUACCCAAGCAACCUCCAAUGGAAAUAACAGACAAAUAGAAGCAAGCAAGCAAUCCGAAGUUAGUAUGACAGAUGAAGCCUCUCCUUUGGCGGAGGAUGACAAGCGAACAAUUCUAGGGAAGCGUCCCAGGGAUGUUAGUAUGACUGAUGAAGGGUCAGCUUUGGUGGAGGAUGGCAAGCGAACAAUUAUAGGGAAGCAUCCCAGGGAUGAAGGUAAUGCUGAACAGAGAUGCAACGGGGAAGUAGGUGUAGUCGUUAGCAAGACAUGAUGUUUGGGACGCCCAAACUCAUUAGACUCGUGUACAUAGCUAUAGAUAUGGUGAUUGAAACCUCCAAUGGCGCGGGGUUUUUUGCUACGCUGCUCGUAUCAAGAGCGUAUUGCCGCUUCUUUGGCAUACCUCUCCUAGUCUUCUUAUUUUGCUGGUAGUUUGUGUUUAUGUUAAGGGACACAUGGAUUGCAAGCUGAAUGGUACCCUUCCCAGUUCCCGG